AGUCACACGAGACUCAUAUGACACGGACAAAAUGGCGACCUCCGACGAUUCCCUAGAAAUACUUCUUAAUCGUGCAACAGAUCCAUCAAUGAAAGAAGAAGACUGGGAAAAGAUUACUGCUUUUUGUGAUAAAGUUGUUCAUGAGUUGGAAGGGCCUCUUUUAUCAACUAGACUACUGGCUCAUAAAAUACAAUCUCCACAAGAAAAGGAAGCUUUAUAUGCAUUGUCUACUCUUGAAGCAUGUGUGAAAAAUUGUGGCAGAUAUUUUCAUCAAGAAGUUGGCAAGUUUAGAUUUCUUAAUGAGAUUAUAAAAGUUGUUUCACCAAAGUACCUUGGAAACCGUACAUCUGAGAAAGUAAAAAAGAAGUGUAUAGAGAUUCUUUAUAGCUGGUACAAAGGUCUUACACAUGAACCAAAAAUUGGAGAAGCCUAUAAAAUGUUAAAAGCACAAGGGAUUAUUAAAGAGGAUCCAACCUAUAUGGACAAGAGCUUUGACCCAUUUCCACCUCCAAAACCUAGAAAAGCUGAUUUUGAAGAUGACGAAAAAGCAAAAACACUGGAACGCCUUUUGCGUAGCAAAAAUCCUGAAGACUUGCAAGCGGCCAACAGAUUGAUCAAAACUAUGGUGAAAGAGGAUAUGGAAAAGACGGAGAAGCGGUCACGGCGUAUAAAUGAACUAGAAUCUGUGGGGAACCAAGUCAAACUUCUGACAGAGAUGAUCUCCCAGUAUUCAUCAAACUCGUCUAAAGAAGAGUUAGAAAUGAUGAAGUUAUGCUAUUUGACACAGGAACUGUAUGACAAUUUAGAAAAACAGAGACCUAAUCUGUUCCGACUGGCCAGUGACACUGAUGAGAAUGAUAAUGAUGGCAUAAAUGAUAUUCUCAAAGCUAAUGACUCUGUUACAAGAGUCAUGACAUUAUACAAGGAGAAGGUGGAAGGAGAAAAACCUAUUGGAGACUAUACCGUAGGCGCUAAAGAUUCUUCCUUACUGGAUCUUGGAUUAGAUUCAAGUUUGAAAAGUAACAAUAUAUCAAGUACCGCAUCUGCAACAGGCCUGUUAGAGAAUGACUUCAAUUCUUUGGGUUUAGGAGAUAUGAAUGAUUUAGGAAGUAUCUUUGGUAGCAUGGGACAACAACAGCAAUCAUCUGCUAUCAAUAAUUUCUCGCCCCAGUUAAUUAUGGCACCUGCUAUGAACAUGUCUGCUCCAGUGUCACAGUUUGGUACCCAACCUGGUUUUACAGCAAUCCCUGCAAGGUCCCCAAUGAUUCCUUCUACUGGAAUGUUCACUGGUGCACCACCAGCAUACAGUGCAAUAUCACAUAGUGUACGACCUGCUGUAUCUGCUCCCAGCAUCUCUGAGCCUAGUGUAUUUAACAGUCAGCCUGGUUCAUCUCUUGCUGACCUGGACAUACUCAACAAGUCACUACAAGACUACAACCUCCAUAAGGAGACUUUCCCUGUCAAAACUAGAUACAGAGAAGGGGUAGUACCUGUAAAACUGCCACUUAACCAGUUAGCUGCAAAUAAAGCUGCUGCAUCUGCUGUCGUCACAACUACUGCCGUUACCACUAAUGCCACUCAGAUGAGUUUUGGUCAGGCUAUUCUCCAGCCAUCUCCCGCAGGCCAAGUAUCAGCAGCUCCUGCUAACAACACAGACUUCUCUGCAAUGGUUAGUGCUGAGCCUGUGCCAGAACUUCUGCCACUGACUGACAUCUUUGUGCCCCUAGAUAAAAUACAACCUGCCCCCAAUAUCCCAUCAAUAACAGCAUAUGAAAAAAACAAUCUGAAAAUGAUGGUGCACUUUGCUAAGGAUCGCCCUAGAGCUGAUGUGGUUACAAUGGUGAUUUCAACAAUAUCUACUAAUUCAGCCCCUAUUACUGGUUUUGUCUUUCAGGCAGCUGUUCCUAAGAUCAUGAAAGUAAAGUUACAGCCACCUUCAGCUACAGACUUUCCUGCCUACAACCCUAUACUUCCACCAGCAGCAAUCACACAAGUCAUGUUGGUAGCUAACCCAAGAAAGGAAAAGGUGCGAUUGAAGUACAAGUUGUCAUAUAUUUUAAAUGGAGACCAAGUCUCUGAUGUUGGUGAUAUUGAUGGCAUUCCUUUACAGUAAUUUCUGUUACCUGGACUUCUUUAACUUUGGUUUCAUUGAGGGCCUCUAUAAUUUUGUAAAAACAACAAUUACAUUUUAUUUUUCAAAAUGUAACACAAUUUUAUUUUACAUUUUCAGCGAACAUUUUUAAAAUUAACAAAUAGGUUACCAGGUACACAAAACUAUAUAUGAACACUCAAAUUUUCUGUUUGAACAAAAGUAGUAAUAUGGUUUUACAUGUACACUUCUCUCCACCAGUUGCUUAUAUUUAACAUUACCAGUACCAGAAUGGUUUAAAACCAAGACAUGAAAAACAUUAAAUAAAGCAACUCAAAUGUGAUGAUUGUGAUAAUUUUGAGUGGAUGUAUCUGCACUUAAGUCAUUGACCUUGUUUGUACCAUGCAAUCAGUCUUGUUAUUGUUUUUAUUGUACAUUUUGUGUAUAAUGAAUAUUUACGCCUUUCAUUUUUGGAUGUUGUACCCAUUCUACCAUCGUAAUUAGGCAGGAGUUGUUUUUUUUGUUUCAGAAGAAUUUGAUUUUGAUCUAAUAGCUUGAGUUCAUACUCAUUUAUUGUUUAAAAUGUUCACACAAUGAAAUACAACUAUAAUUAUUUAUUAAUAAAUUAUAUUAAAGAAAAAUAUUUGAUUUUCCUUAAUAGUUACUUAUAAAUGAAUUUACAAAUAAAUUUCAAGAGCAUUGUU